GCUCUGCGGGCGAGCGUGGCCCGUGAGGGAGCCGCCCCGCGCCCCCCGCCUCCAGGGCGAGGCCGCCGAAAGGCGAGCUCCGCGUUGCUCACCCUUCUCGAUCCCGAGUCUGGAGGAAACCGGGUCCGCCGGACGGGGAUGGCUGAGGCGCCGUCUCUUUUGGCUCCUCCGAGGCACCGUAGGGGGAGUCCGGUGCGUCCCUAGCAACCGUUAGCGCGGGCUUCUCCGCUCGGGCUCGCUGAGUCCCGCCCACAGGCACCAGUGGUUGGCUCUUGGGCCUGUCAAUCGGCGCGGUUCGCUCUGCGAUUGGUCGGUGGGGUAGAGGCGUGGAUCGGCUCCCUCCCGGCGGGGAGAAGCGAGCGUGGCCGGCUGACUAUCGCCCCUCCAGGCAUUGAUCGGGUUCACUUUGUUUUCUAACUGACCAUUGUUCACUGGCCCACCGUCUCUUGAUGGAGGACAGAGGCUCGGUGGCCUCUGAAGAGGACCAGAGGUGCCUAGGCGGGAACCUCUCCCUGACAGUGCCCACGGAGGGCCCUGCAGCACGGACCACCUCUGAGCCCAGCAAGUCUUUGUCCUCAGCCCGCAGACAUCUGAGCAGAAGGAAUGGGCUUUCGAAACUCUGCCAAAGCAGGAUGGCGCUCUCCGAAGACAGAUGGAGCUCCUACUGUCUAUCAUCGUUGGCUGCCCAGAAUAUUUGCACAAGAAAACUGCACUGCCCAGCUGGGCCUGAGCCGGCAGACCUGGCAGGGCCCCUGGGCAGCAGGUCCUGCUGCUCGCUGCUGCGGGGCUUGUCCUCAGGGUGGUCCAUGCCCCUGCUCCCAGCCCCCAUGUGCAACCCGAACAAGGCCAUCUUCACUGUGGACGCUAAGACCACGGAGAUCCUGGUUGCCAACGACAAAGCUUGCCAGCUACUGGGGUACAGCAGCCAUGACCUGAUUGGCCAGAAGCUCACGCAGUUCUUCCUGAAGCCAGAUUCCGACGUGGUGGAAGCCCUCAGCGAGGAGCGCGUGGAGGCCGACGGGCACGCUGCCGUCGUGUUUGGCACAGUGGUGGACAUCGUGAGCCACAGUGGGGAGAAGAUUCCAGUGUCUGUGUGGAUGAAGCAGAUGAAGCAGGAACACAGCUUUUGCUGUGUGGUCGUGCUGGAGCCCGUGGAGAGGGUCUCUGCCUGGGUCGCUUUCCAGAGUGAUGGAACCAUCACGUCAUGCGACAGUGUCUUUGCUCAUCUGCAUGGGUACGCGUCGGGGGAGGAAGUGGUCGGGCAGUGCAUCACAGACCUGAUCCCUUCUGUGCAGCUCCCUCCUCCUGCUGAGCACAUCCCAAAGAAUCUCAAGAUUCAGAGGUCUGUUGGAAGAGCCAAGGAUGGCACCACCUUUCCUCUGAGCUUAAGGCUGAAAUCUAAACCCGGUAGCGAGGAGGCUAAAGAUGGCAAGGUGGCCCCCGAGGGGGGUUACUUGGCGUCCGUCUGGGUAUUCUCCACCAUCAGCGGCCUCAUCACCCUCCUGCCAGAUGGGACCAUCUAUGGCAUCAACCACAGCUUUGCGCUGAUGCUGUUCGGCUAUGGGAAGACGGAGCUCCUGGGCAAGAACAUCACCUUCCUGAUUCCUGGUUUCUUCCACUACAUGGACCUCGCAUAUGACAGUUCCCUACCGCUGCCAGACCUGGCCAACUCCCUGGACAUUGGCAAUCAGAGUGGGCCUGGGGAGACGACUGCGGACCCCCAGCAGGGCUGGAACCCAGCCAGCACAGCCGAGGAUCCAAGGGUUGACAUCGUGCUAGCUGGUGACCACGUUCUGCCACGAGAUGAGACCCUAAAGCCAGUGGGCAGCCAAGAAGCCUUCACUGGGACCCAGGCCCAAGCGGACACUGGAGGCUGUCUCCCUUCUUCCCUCCCAUCUUCCCCCGCUCUGGGGUUGGACAGCAUGCCCGAAGGCAGCCCACCAUCCCAGGAGUGGUCAUUGCCCAAGGACCAGCGAAACAUCCCAGAAGGAAGCCUGCCAGCCCAGGAACAGUCAUUGCCCAAGGAUCUGUGGAACACCUCAGAAGGAUGCCCACCAGCCCACAGCCAACAGUCAUUGCCUGAGGACCAGCAGAACGCUGUCCUGGAGAAAGAAGAACCUGCAGCAACAGAGAGCCUCAGAUGGGACCUUUUGGGAGGAAGUAGGUCUGACUUGGUGAGCACAAAACCAUUUGCUUCAUGUGAAGAAGAUUCUGAAACUCCAAUCCCCACUGAGGACAGGAGCAGGAAUGUUGAAACUUGUGGCCUGUAUCAGGAAGCACAGCUGGAACAGACGGGUUUGAGCAGUGACAGCAAUUCAAACCAUCAGGCUGAUGCCACUAUGCUUGAGCCCCAUGCUGCGGGACAGCCUGCAGGGGGGAGCAUCCUGAUGCACUGCGCUGCGUCCGGGGGUGAGCAGAGUGUACAGCAGGGAAGCUGGGACUCGGCCCCUACCCCCUCCGGGAUGGUGCGACUUUCUUUCUCGACACCGACUUUGGAUGAGCCAUGGCUGGGAGUGAAGAAUGACAGAGAAGAGCUGCAGACGUGCUUAAUUAAGGAGCAGCUGUCCAAAUCAAGCUUUUCAGGACCUCUGGACAUCUCCUACGUCGAGCUGGUCCCAACAGAGCACCCCCGGUUCUCUGCCCCUAUGUCAGUGUGUGACCUGGGAGGCAGAGAUCUGCACAGCGGCCAUGCGGGCAGCUCUUCAGCCUGUUACGCCCUAGCCACAGACCUCCCUGGUGUCCUGGAUGCAGUGGAGGCCCAGGAGGCUGACGGGAAUUCGUUUUCCUGGAACCUCAAGGAACUCUUUUUCAGCGAAUGGACAGACCGAACUUCUUCAAACUGUUCCUGUGCUAUGUCUGAGCUCGUGGGGACGCCCUCUCCUUCACUGGUGGAGUCUGAUGUCGAUGUGCGCGGUUUGCAGGGGCAGAGGUCAGAUGUUCUAGAUGACAGGGAGUUGUUACUGCUGACCGGCACCUGUUUCAAUCUUGGUGAAGGCCGGCGGUUCCGUGAGAGCUGUCUGGGACUUGAUGGGACAGAACCGUCUGAGACGUAUGUGGUAUCCUCCGAAUACCAUGAAGUGAGUGGCAGAGAGAGCCCAGGCUGCGUCCCUCCCCUGUCAGGAGCCAGCCCCAUGGAUGUGCGCCCGUUAGAGGAGCCCAGGCUGAGUGGAAUCCAGGUCACCUCUACACCAGUGAAAGGGGACAGCUCUGUGAUGCCCGGGGCCGCCAGCCUGCAGCAUGAGAUUCAGGAGGGCACCUACGCGGGGAGCUGUUACCACCGAGAUGGCUCGCGGCUGAGUGUGCAGUUUGAGGUGAAGCGGGUGGAGCUCCAAGGCCCUGUGACCCUGUUCUGCUGCUGGCUGGUGAAAGACCUCCUCCACAGCCGCCGGGACUCAGCCACGUGGACCCGCCUGCUGCUGGCCAGCCUGCCCAGCUCCAGCCACUCCAUGUGUGAGCUGCCCGGAUCCAGUCUGGGGGAAGUGCUCACAACCAAACCCUGGUUUGAGGAGCCCCCCAAGGCUGUAGAGCUGGAAGGGCUGGCUGCCUGCGAGGGCGCGUACUCCCACAAGUACAGCAUGCUGAGCCCGCUUGGCAGUGGGGCCUUUGGCUUCGUGUGGACUGCGGUGGACAAGGAAGAAAAUAAGGAGGUGGUGGUGAAGUUUAUUAAGAAGGAGAAGGUUUUGGAAGAUUGUUGGAUCGAGGAUCCCAAAUUUGGGAAAGUUACUUUAGAGAUUGCCAUUCUGUCCAGGGUGGAGCAUGCCAACAUCAUCAAGGUAUUGGAUGUAUUUGAAAACCAAGGGUUCUUUCAGCUCGUAAUGGAGAAGCAUGGCUCUGGCCUGGAUCUCUUUGCCUUCAUUGACCGUCAUCCCAGCCUCGACGAGCCCCUGGCGAGUUACAUCUUCCGACAGCUGGUGUCAGCGGUGGGAUACCUGCGCUCGAAGAGCAUCCUUCAUCGGGACAUCAAGGAUGAGAACAUUGUGAUCGCUGAGGACUUCACAAUUAAGCUCAUAGACUUUGGCUCCGCUGCCUACUUGGAAAGGGGAAAACUAUUUUAUACCUUUUGUGGAACAAUCGAGUACUGUGCACCUGAAGUUCUCAUGGGAAAUCCUUACCAGGGGCCCGAGCUGGAGAUGUGGUCGCUGGGAGUCACGCUCUACACACUGAUCUUUGAGGAGAAUCCCUUCUGUGAGGUGGAGGAGACUGUGGAGGCUGUGAUAAACCCCCCGUACCUGGUGUCGGAAGAUCUCAUGAACCUCGUGUCUGGGCUGCUGCAGCCUGUCCCCGAGCAGCGCACCACCUUGGAGAAGCUGGUGGCAGACCCCUGGGUGACGCAGCCCGUGAACCUUGCUAACUACACCUGGGAUGAGGUGUAUCGAGUAAACAAACCAGAAAGCGGAGUUCUGUCCACUGUGAGCCUGGAGACGGAGAGUAGGAGCCCCAAUGAAGUGGCUUGGGCCCUGGAGCUGCACAGAGCCUUGUGCCCCCGGGGAGGCCCCUGAUGAGGCUGAACACCAGCUUCCUGUUGCUCUUCUGCACUCAGUUAGGAAAUUGUAUUGUUUUCAGGCCCCUUCCAUUCAGAGACAGUAACUUCUUAAGAAUUAGGCUGAAUUCACCUUCUAAAAACUCAUAUGCAAGUUUGAUAAAUGCUAGAACAAAAGCCAGUGAAAUGAUAUUAUUUUAGGUUUAUAAAAUAGACUUGGAAUUCAUUUUUUUCAUGACCUUGAAAAAACAUUCUAGUGUUCACUUGAGUUUUGUCCUAUUAAAGGGCUUUCAAUUUGUGACCUUCUGAAAGGCAUAAAAAAGGUUUUUGGUUCUCUUUCCACUUUUGUAUACAUGCAUGUAUUUCUGUUUCCUCUGACUGGGUAUAUGCUCAUCUGGGGUGUGGAAUUGGUAGAGCUGGUUCGCCAAAUGACUAGACUCUUUCAUUAAUUUAUUUCCGUCAACAUAUGCCAAAUUAAAGCAAUUUUGUAAACAGU